UUUACAAAUUGUUCUGUCAUUAAAACGAACAAAAUUUUACUUCCCAACAAAUUUAGUCGUUGCUGAACCUUUGACGUGAUCAUGUCGAAUCUGUACACCGAGUUGAAGAACGAGUGGAGCAAACAUGCCCCGAAUCUGAGCCUUUGCGCCUCUUUGCUGGAUGGCUUUAAACUGGAGCUGGUGAGGUCCAACUUUGGAACAAUCCAAGCUUCAUCGAGUUCGAAGCAGAAGGACCAGUUGAUCAAAUCCCGAGAGAUGCUGGAAAUCGCCGUGGAGCACAGCAUUACUAUCCGAGAUUAUGCUGCUUUUGAGAGAUAUAUGGCUCAGUUGAAUACUUAUUACUACGAUUACGAUAAGUACUUGGAAUCAUCGAAGCAUAUGCACAAGUUUAUGGGAUUAAAUCUACUCUAUAUGCUGGCCACCAAUCGCAUUGCUGAUUUCCACAUCGAACUCGAGCGUUUGCCGUCGGCUUUGCUGCUCCAUAACAACUUUAUCAAUCCCGUUUUGGCAUUGGAGAACUACUAUAUGGAGGGAAGAUACAACAAGAUACUGCAGGCAAAGAAAUCCAUGCCUUCGGAGAUCUACUCGAAUUUCAUGGACAUGCUGGUGGACACGGCUCGCGAGGAGAUUGCAUCCUGUAUGGAGAAAUCCUACCUCAAAAUGGCUCCGAAACAAGCCGCCCAGCGUUUGGGACUUCGUUUUGGUUCGAAGGAGCUUUUGGAUCUGGCCAAAAGACGUCAAUGGUGUCUGGAUGAGGAAGGGAACUACGAUUAUGCUGGACUCCACUCCAGACCAACGGAGAAGGUUCCUGCCAGGGACAUUGCCACCCAUAAUCUCACAUACGCCCAGGAGCUGGAGAAAAUUGUUUGAUUUUUUUUCAUUAUUUCGAUUUCUGUCUUUAAUCCCUUCAACUGGAAAAUAAUGUUCGGAGUUUAUACAUUCAUUUAAAAAUCAGUAAAUACCGAACCGGAAAUUUGUCAGAUUUAAUUUUUCACACA